AUGCUCAACCGUCGACGUAUUCUCCUCGCGCCACUGCGAGAAGUUCUCAACUCCCAAGUCAUCCAGAAGCACCGCACAGGUCGUACAGAGAGGGCCAUCGCUCACUCUGUGUACUGCUCUCGUCGUGGAAGAUUGAUCCACGACGUCGAACGCGUAAUUCAUCUCGAUUACCAAGAAGGUGUCACUACUGGAGAAGCCAUCAAACAUGUAUGGCAGGGUAAUCUCGCGCCGCGCCACGCGGUGCGGCUUUCCAUCAGCGAGUUUCACGACAAUCUCGCUGUCUCCUUGAUGGACGUGGACGUCCGAUGGCAACACCGACAAGCACGACGCGCGAAAGAAGUUAUUCGUCGCUCCAGAGUCAAGGAGCGCGCGCAGUGGUCGCCGGGCGCCGGCGACAUGGAGAAUGACAAUGAUCAGUCUCGAGUCACCAUUCGCGGUGGUGGCAUUACAACGUGCAUGUAG